AUGUGCGGUAUCCUCGGCUGGGUAGCUUGGGGUAAGGCCGACUACAUUGAAGGCGACACGAGCAAUGAACAAGGCCACGAAGAAGGUCAAGUCCUUGGCCCCAAGGCCAUCUUUGCAGCAACACUCAGGGCCAAGGUCCAAGUCAUCACAUUCUUGGUCUUAUGCCUUGUGUUUAAUUUGCUGGGGCUUCAUUCUACGAUACACCAGAGAAUUCACACUGCAGGUCACAUUCACAACAGCACCUCUCGUCGCAUGGCUUGGGAUUGUAUAUCCUGUGUGCUUAUAUAUGUGACCAUGAUCUUCCAGACGUUCAGCCUGUGGAUGUUCGCAAAGGACUAUGAUCCUGCCAAGAACCCCGACACCGUCGAACUCAACAAUCUACCUCGUCCUAAUGUCAAUGCCGGAUCAGAGCAGGGACAGCAAUUGCAAGCUCCUCUGCCAGCAUAUACUCUAGCCCAUCUUGAUGCGAUCAGGUGCUAG